CACAACCGCAGCUACUUCCGCCCGCACUAAAGAUGGCGGCUCCCUUCAUGGAGAAAUUAGCUGAAUAUUUAGGUUCAUCCGAACCGGCGGUUCGAUUGAUUUUGUCAAUCUUAUUAGGUUAUCCCUUUGCACUGGUGUACCGGUGGUUUUUAUUUCAUCAAUCUGCAACAGUUGUUCAUCUCUUCCACACAUUCUCUGGGCUGGCACUGGCCACGUUUAAUUUUGGGUCUCAGGUCUGUCACUCCCUCUUAUGUGUAGUCAUUCAGUUCUUGUUGCUGAGGCUGAUGGGAAGGACAGUCACAUGCGUUUUGAGUAGCUUUAUCUUUCAGAUGAUAUAUCUGUUGAUGGGUUAUUACUACACAGCUACUGAGGAGUAUGAUAUCAAGUGGACCAUGCCUCACUGUGUCCUCACGCUCAAACUCAUCGGUUUAGCACUCGAUUACUACGACGGUGAAAAAGAACAAUCUCAGAUGAGUGCAGAACAGAAGAAGUCUGCCCUCAGCUCUACGCCGUCUUUGUUGGAGAUCUUUGGUUUCUCAUACUUCUAUGGAGGCUUUCUGGUAGGGCCUCAGUUCACACUACGAAACUACCAGAAUCUGGUGUCUCGAGAGAUGUCCGAUGUCCCUGGACAACCACCCAGUAGUGUGGUUCCAGCAAUGAAGCGAUUUGGUUUAGGUCUGAUCACCCUAACAAUCUUUACGAUAGGUGGGCUGCACUACUCAGAUAGCUACUUCUUAACAGAUGAAUUCGAGGCACAUCCAUUCUGGUAUAAGUGUGUGUACAUCUUAGUGUGGGUGAAAAUAAACCUGUAUAAGUACAUCAGCUGCUGGCUAAUCACGGAAGGUGUGUGUGUACUCUCUGGGCUGGGCUACAAUGGGAAGAACGAAAAAGGGGAGCACCAAUGGGAUGCCUGCGCAAAUGUGAGGGUGUGGCUAUUUGAGACCACACCCCUCUUCACAGGCACCAUCAAUUCCUUCAACAUCAACACAAAUGCUUGGGUGGCCAGGCACGUGUUUAAGAGGUUGAAGUUUUUGGGUAACAAGUUGUUAUCUCAAAUGUUCACAUUGUUAUUCCUGGCGAUCUGGCACGGCUUGCACUCAGGGUACCUCAUCUGCUUCUCCUUGGAGUUCAUCAUUGUCAAUGUGGAGAAGCAGGCUCAGUCACUGGUGCGGGACAGUCCUUUGCUGGCAUCUAUCGCUCAGAGUCAUCUGUAUCCAUUUGUAUAUGUAGUACAGCAGUUAAUUCACUGGCUAUUUAUGGGAUACCCUCUGGUGCCAUUCUGCCUCUUCACUUACGACAAGUGGCUCAAGGUUUACUCCUCGAUAUAUUUCUGUGGACACAUAUUUUUCUUCUUUGCCUUUCUUGUCCUGCCAUACCUCCGCAAGGUGUUCGUGCCUCGAAAAAGAGGCAAUGAGAAAAAGGAGGAUUAAUUAAAAUGGUUUGUUUGCAGCUGUCUAAGUUUGACUGAAGUGAACUGUGACUUAAAGAGCACCUGAAGAUGACAAAUUUUAAGGUCUUUAGUAAUAUAUUACUAUUUACAUCAAGCACUGGUGUAUGUGUACAAAUGUUAGUCCGAUGGAAAGUUUUUCUCAUUCUUUGGGAGUUGUGGUGGACUAUAAUGAAAAAGUUUGAAAGCUGGAGAAAUACAAGCUUUUCUAAGGUUCAUUAUUUGUUAAAUAAGAUUUACUGAUGUUUGGUGACUCAAAAUAGUUAUACUGUAUCUGCUCAUACCAUUGCACUCAUUACUCAUGACUGUUUCCUGUCUCGUCAGAGAACUGGCUUUUGGCUGAUGGAAACAAAUGAGAUGUGUUUUAUUUUCCUUUGCUAGGAAUAUUUCAACCUCACUUACCCUUAAAAGACAAUGAAAUGUGAAGCAAACAAAAGAGUGAAUGGUGACACAGCAUCGCCUGUCAUUGUAAAUGAAUGUUUUUCAUUUUUAUAAACUUUUUUUUUUUCUUUUCUUCUUCUUUCUUGUGAUCAGACUACUUCUGAUGGGGAUUCUUCUUUUUUAGGAAUGGGUUUUAUGGUAACUAAAUUUUUUAUAGCAUUUUCGACACUUUAAUAAAAAGGAUCAUCAUUCUGUCAUCUCAUCCUCUCACUCCAUUUAACACUGUCCAUCUAUCUAUCCAUCUGACCUUUUCCUGUUCACUCCAUUUUCUCCAGCAAAUCUUUUUGUCCAGUGUGUGAGCACAAGCAAAACAGAAACCACAGUAACAUUAACACUACUAACCAGAAUCAUGAAUAUGAUGGUAAAUUUGUGUCAGUAUUAUUAAGAGCAGAGUAUUUAAAUUUUAACAAGUAGUUUAGUGAGCAAUCAACUAAUCUGUGCACUAAUGGCACUAUUAAAACUGCUGUGUUAUGCUGUGUAAAAUCCUUAAAAAGUGUCAGUGUGUAUUUCUCAUCGCACAUCAGGAUCGUUUUUUCAUUGCGAUCUGCUCUUAGUAAUUCUUACGCAUAUUUGCCUUCAUAUCUGUUUUGUAUGACAUGACAUAUUGAAGAUCCUUGGCACAAAUAUACAUCACUCUUCAGUGAGGGCUAAAACCUGCACCCAGAUUCAAUCCAAGGGAGCAGAGGCUCACUGUAGCAUCAGAGUUGUUUUAUAAUAUUUAUACAUGUGGUUGCAAAUAUUAUUGAUGUAAAAAUUGUUUUUGGGAAACAACUACUUCUGCCUUACUGCUACCAAAUGUACAAAAAAAGUGAGUGUGAGAGAGAAAAUUACUUUUAAA